AUGGUGAUCAUGGUGUGUGAUUCUAGGGUUUGUUUAGUGGGCUUCGAUCUCCAAGGGUUCCACAAGCAAAAACGUGGCUUCGUUGAGCUAUCUACAAAGCCAAUAGGUCAACUUAACCAUAUCACGGUAUCUAAAGUCUAUCAUCGUGAUGGCUUAUUGUUUUGCAUUCCCAAAAACAGUAUCCCUGUGGUAUGGAACCCGUAUUUGGGACAAGUCAGGUGGAUCAAACCCAGCAAAAUUUACUCCAUGUUCGAUAGCUAUUGUAUGGGAUACGACAACAAGAACAACCACAAAGUCUUGAGGUUGUUGUAUAGUUGCAGUACUGUUCCGUAUGAAAUAUACGAUUUUAAAUCUGAUUCAUGGAGGGUUCUUGAUGUCACUCCUGACUGGAAUAUACCAUACAAGGGUCAGGGAGGCUUGUCUUUGAAAGGAAAUACUUACUUUGUUGCUCAGAGAGUGAAAGAAUGUAGACAUUUUCUUGAUCUUAACUACCGUAAUGGAGACUCUGUGAUUCUAUCUUCUGUUAGAGAAGAACAGCUUGCAGUGUUAUUUUAUCGCGUAUAUACGUAUGAGACGAUUGAGAUACGGGUUACAACAAAGAUUGAGGCCAAUGAGUUGACAUGGAGAACUUUCUUAAAAGUUGAUGUGAAGCCGUUCGGGUUCAGUGGAAUGUUUUGGAAGUUUCUUCAGUUUGGGAGUUUCUACGUCGACGAGAAAAAGAAAGUGGCAUUGAUUUGUGAUAAUAACUUCAGCAGAGCUUACGUGAUUGGAGACGAUAAUUACUUCAAGGUAGUGGCUCCCGGAGAAUCUACACGUUGGCAACAUGUUUGCUCUUAUGCUCCUAGUUCGGUGCAGAUUCAGAAAGCUCCAGUACCCGCAGGAGGCAAAAGGAAAGUGCGGGAUUAUUAG